AGGCACCUACCCAGAUGCCCAGCAGCGGCUGGCCUUGGGCAAGCUGCACCGUGUCUGCACCCGUGACCUUGACUCUGGCUCCAUAAGUACCUGAACCCCCUGGGGAGCCACCCAGAGUGGACGCACGCCAUGGGACGCCUGGAGCUGAUUGUAUGGGGCCUGGCCUGCUGCUUGACAGCGGCACAGGCCGCGGUGACGCUGGGGGCCGUGUACACGGAAGGCGGUUUCGUGGAGGGCGUCAACAAGAGGCUCAGCCUGCUGGGCGGGGACUCCAUCGACAUCUUCAAGGGCAUCCCCUUUGCCACCGCCUCGACCCUGGAGAACCCCCAGCGACACCCGGGCUGGCAAGGGACCCUCAAGGCCAAUGACUACAAGAAGCGCUGCCUGCAGGCCACCUUGACCCAGACCAGCACCUUUGGGGAGGAAGACUGUCUCUACCUCAACAUCUGGGUCCCCCAGGGCAGGAAGGCAGUCUCCAAGAACCUGCCCGUGAUGAUCUGGAUCUACGGCGGUGCCUACCUCAUGGGCUCCGGCCAGGGGGCCAACUUCUUCAGCAACUACCUGUAUGACGGCGAGGAGAUCGCCACGCGCGGCAACGUCAUCGUGGUCACCUUCAACUACCGCGUCGGCCCCCUCGGCUUCCUCAGCACGGGGGAUGCCAACCUGCCAGGUAACUACGGCCUUCGGGACCAGCACAUGGCCAUCGCCUGGGUGAAGAGGAACAUCGCAGCCUUUGGGGGAGACCCUGACAACAUCACCCUCUUUGGGGAAUCAGCUGGGGGUGCUAGUGUCUCUCUGCAGACCCUGACCCCCUACAACAAGGGCCUCAUCCGGCGUGCCAUCAGCCAGAGCGGGGUGGCGUUGAGCCCCUGGGCCAUUCAAAAGGACCCCCUCUUCUGGGCCAAGAAGAUUGCAGAAAAGGUGGGCUGUCCCCUGGACGACACAGCAAAGAUGGCCGGCUGCUUGAAGGUCACUGACCCCCGGGCCCUGACGCUGGCCUACAGGCUGCCCCUGGGGGGCACAGAGUACCCCGUGUUGUACUACCUGGCUUUCAUGCCCGUCGUCGACGGAGACUUCCUCCCCGACGACCCCAUCAACCUGUACGAGAACGCCGCCGACAUCGACUACCUGGCGGGCACCAAUGACAUGGACGGCCACCUCUUCGCCUCUGUUGACGUGCCGGUCAUUAACAAGUCCAGCAAGGACAUGUCAGACGAGGACUUCUACAAGUUGGUCAGAGGCUUCACAGUCACCAAGGGGACUGCGGGGGCCGAGGCCGUGUACAACGCCUACACCGAGUCCUGGGCCCAGGACUCCAGCCAGGAGAACAAGAAGAGGACGGUGGUGGACAUAGAGACGGACAUCCUGUUCCUCAUCCCCACGGAGGUGGCCCUGGCCCAGCACCGAAGCCACGCCAGGACCGGCCAGACAUACUGGUACCUGUUCUCGCACCCCUCGCGGAUGCCCAUCUACCCCAGCUGGAUGGGGGCGGACCACGCUGACGACCUCCAGUACGUCUUUGGGAAGCCCUUUUCCUCUCCCCUGGGCUACCGGGCUCAAGACAGGACGGUCUCCAAGAGCCUGAUUGCUUACUGGACCAACUUCGCCAGGACCGGGGAUCCCAACACGGGCACAUCGGAAGUGCCUGCCCACUGGGAGCCCUACACCUUGGAGAAUGGCAACUACCUGGAGAUCAACAAGCAGACGUCCAAAGACUCCAGGGGGCAGUACCUGAGGCCCAGCUUCCUGAAGUUCUGGACCACCACCUACCAGCAGCUGCCCACGGUGAUUGGAAACGACCCAGGCUUGGUGCUGGUGCCGCCCACGGAUGACCCAGAGGCCGGCUUCACGCCUCCCGCUGACCUCCUCGUGGACGCUCAGGCUCCCGUGGCCAUUGGCUUCUAG